AACGUCUACAUUUAUAUUAUCUGUGGUCGUACGCCAGACUGCCAUUACACUUUCUAUUAAGCACAAUAACCAUUGCAGUUUUAUUUAAUUAUCAUGCUUAAACACUUACUUUACAUGGUGUCAGAAGUGGUGAAAGUGUAAACAAAAAGACUGUAGUGAUAAAACUGAUAAAAAUAUGACUACGCCUACAAAUGACGCAGUGUCGGGAAUCAAGCCGCCAGCUAACCUCCAAAUUAACUCCGAGAUAUCUACAAACUGGAAAAAAUGGUCUCAACAGUUCGAAUGGUUUGCCACAGCCAUACAAUUGGACAAAAAACCAGCUGAGGUCCAAGCAGCAACAUUCAUGGCUGUUAUAGGCCCAGACGCCAUAGAAAUAUAUGAUGGGUUUAACCUCAACGAAACUGACAAAGUCAACAUCAAAAUCAUAAAACAAAAGUUCACCGAAUACUUUGCGCCAAAAACAAAUAUAUCAUUCGAGAGAUAUAUAUUCUACAAAAUAGAACAAAACGAAGAUGAACCAUUUAAUGACUUCAUGACACGAAUAAAAACACAAGCAAUUAAAUGUGACUUCGGCUCUUUACUUGACGAAAUGUUAAAAGACAAGAUCGUAUUUGGAAUUAAAUCGACUCAAAUAAGAGAAAAAUUGCUAACAGAAGAUGAACUCACCUUGACAAAAGCUAUCAAUAUAUGCAAAACAAGUGAACAAGCUUCUAAGCAAUUGGACGAAUUUGAGGGCAAAAAUAAAACAGAAAAAGUCUUCACAGUGAAAAGUAAAAACUCCAAAGAAGCGCAAAACGAGAAAUUCGACUGUAGAAGGUGUGGUACAAAUCAUGGCCGCAAAGAAUGCCCUGCUUUCAACAAACCAUGCACAAAGUGUAACAGAAAUGGUCAUUUUGCUCACAUGUGCAGAACUAAGAAGAGUCUAAAUACCAAAAAGAAAAAUAAAGUACAUGCAUUAGAAGAAAGCUCAGAUUCUGAAGAAGAGUUUUAUAUUGGUUCAAUUAGUGCUGACGGAGAAAAAAGCUGGAAAGAAGAAUUAGAAGUUGAUGGUGUAAAAUUUAAAGUGAAAUUAGAUACCGGAGCGGAAUGUAAUGUCCUACCAAAAUAUAUAUUGGACCAAACAAAAGCAACUUUAAAACAGAGCCGCACAAGAAACUUGACAUGCUAUUCUGAAAAUGAGAUAACCGUCCUAGGAGAAGUAGAAUUGAUGUGCAAGCUGAGAGACGAGUGGGUAAAAAUCUUGUUCAAAGUCAUCGAAGAAAGACACCAGCCAAUUCUGGGACGUAAAUCCUGCAAACAACUAGGACUCGUCGCUAGAAUCAAGUCCCUGAAAACACGCGAAGACAUAUUUGAAGGUUUAGGGUGUUAUAAAGGCUACGAGUAUGACAUAGACCUGAUAGAGAACCCAAAGUUGGAGAUAAAACCGUCUAGAAGAAUACCACAUGCUAUAAGAGAAGAGGUAAAGCAAGAACUGGACAGAAUGGUGAAGUUAGACGUCAUAAAACCAGAAACUGAGCCAACUCCUGCGCAAACGGACUAGAAGCAGACCCGGACAAAGUAGAAGCCAUACAAGCAAUGAAAACACCAACAAACAAAACAGAGCUACAGAGACUACUAGGGAUGAUCACAUACUUAAAUAAAUUUAUACCUAACAUGUCAGAACUAAC